GUGCUCCUGCAUGCGUUCCUGAGCACUCACCCUAGGUGUGCUGCAACCCUUCCCUUACUCGUCAUUGACAUUCAUAUAACAUUGUAUGAAAGUUUCUGCCUCUAUUUAGACAUCCGAUUCACAUCAUGGCCAGCCUUGCGAGAUCCCUCCGACCCUUGGCGCGAGCUGCAAAGGCCCCGCAGAGGACGUUCCUGGGAGGCGUGAGGAAGGGCCCACAGUUACGAUGCCUCUCGACCACACCUCAACGGCGGCAAGCGGACGCUCUAGACAUCACCGAUAUACCCCCUACGCCGAUAUCCCACCUCUCAGAGACCGAGUCGCUGAUGGCAGAGCAAGUCACCCGGUUCGCGAACGACCAAAUCCUACCAAAAGUUCGCGAAAUGGACGAAGCGGAGACAAUGGAUCCAGCUGUCGUGGAACAAUUGUUCGAGCAAGGACUGAUGGGUAUCGAGAUUCCAGAGGAAUAUGGCGGUGCGGGCAUGAACUUCACCGCCGCUAUUGUCGCGAUUGAGGAGUUGGCGAGGGUCGAUCCGAGCGUGAGCGUGUUGGUCGACGUGCAUAAUACACUAUGCAACACCUGUCUGCUGAAAUAUGCAAAGGAAGACAACAAGAAGAAGUGGCUGCCGAAGCUCGCCACUGAUACCGUCGCAUCCUUCUGCCUCUCAGAACCUGCGUCCGGCUCCGACGCCUUUGCCAUGCAGACCAAAGCCGUCAAGACAGACUCGACGUACAAGAUCACUGGCAGCAAAAUGUGGAUCACCAACUCCAUGGAGUCCUCGCUCUUUAUUGUCUUUGCCAAUCUCGACCCGUCCAAGGGCUACAAGGGCAUCUCAGCCUUCCUUGUAGAGAAGGGCACGCCCGGCUUUGAGAUUGCCAAAAAGGAGAAGAAGCUAGGCAUCAAGGCCAGCAGCACAUGCGUCAUCAAUUUUGACGACGUCGAAGUGCCGCACGCCAAUCUACUAGGCGAGGAGGGCCAGGGCUACAAGUACGCGAUCGGCAUCCUCAACGAGGGCCGCAUCGGCAUCGCAGCCCAGAUGACAGGCCUCGCACUAGGUGCAUGGGAGAACGCCGCCAAAUACGUCUGGAACGACCGCAAGCAAUUCGGCAAGCUCAUCGGCGAAUUCCAAGGCAUGCAGCACCAGCUCGCGCAGGCCUACGUCGAGAUCCAAGCCGCGCGCGCCCUCGUCUUCAACGCGGCGCGCAAGAAGGAGGCCGGCCAGGACUUUGUCCGCGACGCGGCCAUGGCGAAGCUGUAUAGCUCGCAGGUCGCGCAGCGCGUGGCGGGCCAGGCUAUCGAGUGGAUGGGCGGCAUGGGCUUUGUGCGCGAGGGCUUGGCGGAGAAGUUCUGGCGCGACAGCAAGAUUGGCGCGAUUUAUGAGGGCACGAGCAAUAUCCAGCUCAAUACGAUUGCGAAGUUGUUGCAGAAUGAGUAUACGAAGUAGGCAGCUAGGUGGAAAGGCAGGGUGGAAGUGUAUGGGUUGGAUUUGGAUCUUGGCUUGUUGAACGGCGCGAAUUGUGUGGGAGAG